CCCGUCCCCGACCGACCGACCCAACGAACGCGAGCAAAUUGCUAAAGGUCCCCCGCGCUUAUAAAGCGAAGCCAGCCUAGCCUCCUGCCUCGCUCUCCCCGCAGGAAUUCGAAUCCGCCGGAGGAGGAGGAGGAGGAGAUCAGUGGGUCCGUCGAUCGAUGGCGUCGCUGUUCGGCAACGGCUACAGCUACUCGUCGGGGUCGGAGGGGGAGGACGAGGACGAGGACGAGGGCACGGAGGGGUACCGGAAGGGCGGGUACCACGCCGCGCGCCCCGGGGACCGCUUCGCCGGCGGGAGGUUCGUUGCGCAGCGGAAGCUCGGCUGGGGCAACUUCUCCACCGUCUGGCUCGCUUACGACACCCUCCACAGCAGAUUUGUGGCUCUCAAGAUCCAGAAGAGCGCGAGGGAUUACGCGCACGCGGCUCUCCACGAAAUCGAGUUGCUGUCGGCGGUGGCCAAAGGCGACCCGACGAAUUCCAAGUGCGUGGUGCGGUUGCUGGACCAUUUCAAGCACGCUGGCCCCAACGGGCAUCACGUUUGCUUGGUCACCGAAUUCCUCGGGGACAGCUUGCUCCGCCUGAUACGGUACAACCGGAACAAGGGCAUUGGGCUGAGCAGGGUGAAGGAAAUCUGCCGAUCAGUGCUGGUCGGCCUUGACUACCUGCACAGCGAGCUUGGCAUCAUCCACACGGAUUUGAAACCAGAGAAUGUUCUUCUCGUGUCAACGAUCAACCCGGCAAAAGAUCCAGUACGCUCCGGGUUCACACCGAUCCUUGAUAGGCCUGUGGGCAACCAGUAUGGUGGGACAGUGAUUAGCUUCAGUGAGAAGAUGCUCAAGAUGAGAGCAAGGCGAGCUGUGGCAAAGAUUUCCCAGAGGCGGGUUUCGCUUGGCGGGGUUGCGGCCGAAGUGGAGAAGGAGAGGAGCCUGGAUGGGAUCAGCCUGAAGUGCAAGAUAGUCGAUUUUGGGAAUGCCUGCUGGACCGAUCAGCAGCUUGCUGGUGAAAUACAGACAAGGCAGUACAGAGCUCCUGAGGUUAUCAUCGGUUCCGGGUAUUCAUAUUCUGCUGACAUGUGGUCAUUUGCUUGCAUGACCUUUGAGCUUGCCACCGGUGACUUGUUGUUUGCUCCCAAGGAUUGCCAGGGAUGCAGUGAAGAUGAGGACCACCUUGCUCUGAUGAUGGAAACUCUUGGAAAGAUGCCUCGGAAGAUUGCUAGCUCAGGGACUCGUUCAAAGGAUUAUUUUGAUCGGCAUGGAGAUUUAAAGAGGAUCAGAAGACUGAAAUUCUGGCCCCUGGACCGUGUACUUGUGGAAAGGUACAAUUUCACUGAAUCUGACGCCCAAGGCUUCGCUGACUUUCUUCGGCCAAUACUAGAUUUCAGUCCGGAGAACAGACCUUCUGCUGUGCAGUGCUUGAAGCAUCCCUGGCUUAAUUGAAUGGACAAGAUUUGGAAGUCUAACCAGUAGAAGUUUAUACAUUCUAAGUGUAUUCGCGAUCAAAGGCUCUUUGUGACUGGUACUGCAGAUAUCCACGGACUUUGACGUAACAUAGGUUUGGAGUCAGGAGCUACGUUUUUUGGUGCAGCUUGACGAGUUAUUCUGAUGAGGAGGCAUAAGCUUCAGCUUCUUCUUUCUUCAUAGUAUCAUGUGUUUUGAUGUAUCAAGUGUUCCACUGGUGUGUUUGGGGUGCAGAGCUAAUGCCAUGUUAACCUGCAUGUGUGUUGGUAGGGCUAAAUAUUGAUGUAAUGUGACCUUUUUUCUUUGGCUGUGGAAGUGCAAUGCAGUGCGGUAGUGCUUCAGCUGUUUGCUCGAUGGAAUCUGUACUGUAAAGCUGCUUACCGGUUCAGAACAAGCGUCUGGUGCACUGCAUCGCAGCUUGCUUCCUAGUGUUGGUUGAACUUCAGAGCCAGUGUGCGUUUUCUGACAGUGUGAGGUGUAAAUUUUAACCAGUUUCAUGCUGC